GGGAGGUGGCUGCCACGCAGGGCACUGGCUUUGAUCUCCGGCAGCCCGUGGAGCUGGGGAAGCACUUGCAGAAGUUUCAUCUGGACGGCUUUGACCACAACUUCUGCCUGCAGCAGAUGCAGACACGGCACCUCGCGGCCAGGGCUCGCCACCCGCCCACCGGCAGGGCCAUGGAGGUUUACACCACCCAGCCUGGCAUACAGUUUUACACUGGGAACAACCUGGACGGCUCCCUGAAGGGCAAAGGUGCUGUUGUGUACCCGAAACACUCAGCUUUCUGCCUGGAAACCCAGAACUGGCCUGAUGCUGUCAACAAGCCCCACUUCCCCGACACCCUGCUCCGGCCAGGCGAGGAAUACAACCACACCACGUGGCUCGUGUUCAACACCACUUAA